AUGAAGUCCUCAGAAGAGAGGUUGCAGUUUCAAAAUGACUUUUUAAGCUUGGGACAAGGACGGAUAAUCCCUCAACAAGAUGACAAGUUUUGGUCUCGCUUUUGGAGACUACCAACCAAAAGUCAAGAUAUUUUAGAGUUAAUUUCACUAGAGGAUGUGAGGAAUGUACGACACCAGAAUGUGGUAAAUUAUAUCACAUUUAUAAAAAGAUUGAGCUUGAAAGUUAUUGAAGUUGCAAAUUCAGAGUUUUUGACCAAUAGCGAUAUAGUGGUGGUUUUAAACUGCAUACGGUUUUUGGUCAAACUCCUACCACCUAUGCUUGAACUUCAUGAUUAUGACGAUACCAUUGGUUUUGAGUUGUUUUGGAACUUGAGAUUUGACACAACGGAAUAUCUCAAGUCUAAGGAGGUGGCGGAGACACCAGGUGCUGAAGAUAAGGCCAAAAAAUCUAUUUCAUGUGACGAAGUCAAGGAUACUUUGGCAUUCACAUUGAUGAUGGCAUUGGUGGACUUGUUAUAUACAAAAGGGUUCACAAUUAAUACGAAGGAAAAGGGUGGCAUAAGUUUAAGUGUAUGGGAGCCGGGAUUAGGCUUUUCGGGUAAACCUAGAUCACCGAAUUUGGUAAUUGACAGCAAUAGAACGGAGGUAUUGAAGCUCAUUGUGACCUUGUGUUCGGAUGGAUUUUAUUGUACACCAUCAACAAUAGUGUCUAAAGGGUCGAGAUUUCUUACGGUGUUGGUUUCAAUGACGCCAAAAGUAAAAUUAUUAACGUUGAUAUCGUCAUUGCUAAAUCUCACGUGCAGGUCAUCAAAAAGCAACGAGGAGAGUGCACUACAUUAUGAUAGCAUCAACUACACUGAAACCAGACACUUGUGUGUGACCUACGCUUUUUCAUUAUUAACUAUGAUGAUGGUGUAUCCUAUACCUCAUGAUACGGGGAUAACAGGAUGUAAGUUACACAAUUUGACUAGAAGGUAUCUAAGUAAGGUACACAAAGAGCUGGAACUAGCGUUGAUUGCUACUUCCUUAAUUGAUAUAUUACGUUUUCCUUUGGCUGCGAGAGAUUCAGAGAAUGGCUCAUUCAACUUUAGUAAGAAUACUCAACCAUCGAUAUGGGCCACUAAUGGUGUUAUCUUCAUGUGGGAAUUGAUUCAGUGCAACAAAAACUUUGAAGACAUCGUAACAAAGAAACACAUACCACUGCUAAUGGUCAUUUUAUUGUAUUAUGUUUUUGAAUUCAAGACUAAUGAUGGUCAAAAGAACUUGGUGCGUGUUUGUGCGUACCUACUACUAUAUUUGUCGUCACAAUUAGAAAUGUUGGGCUCCUUAUUUCACCCUAUAUCAUUGCUGUUGUACGAGUCUCUUCCACCGAGCUACAAGUUAUCAAUAUCUCCUUUAACCACACGGGAUUUCAUGGUGAGCCAGCUUUGUUCUAUUUUGUUGAAUUCCUAUCCAGUGCAGCCACCCACAUACUCUUUCCGACCUUUACCGAAGCUUUUACUAAAUUCCUUGGUUGAAACAUUGUACAAUUUGAUUAUACCCGUGUCUGAACAUGAACUAAAGGUGCACAACAAUCCAAGCAAAAAGUUGAACAAUCCAAACUCACGUGGAGGGUUAUCAUACCAAGCGUCGUCUUUGGUAACGCAGCUAAUUGCUAGAUUUUCAAGCAAAAGCUUUCUUCUUGAGAAGCCAUAUCAUUUAAACGUUGUUGCGCUAUUGAUAAGAGCCGUGUGCAUAGCAGUUGUCAAAUACCCACACCCUUCAAGAAUGCUAUUGUUUAGUAUUUUGAAAAAUGAAAGGGUAUAUGACAAUUUAUGGAAUACGAUAUUCAACAUUCAGGAAUAUUCUGUGAGGGGUGAUUCAAUAUCCAAGAUUGAUGAGGUUGCCGUGAGUGAGGUCAAUGAGACAGAUAUACCAGCAACGGUGACUUCCAAUGGAGAUGAAAAUGUACCAUCAACACCAAUUCCCAUCUUGCCCCGAAACACAAACGAUGAUUCUUUAACCGUAUCAGAAAGUGAAAGUGUUGAGUCAUCUUUGCGACCGCGACCACCACCUGGCAUGUCGGACAAAGCGAGAGACAAGCAAAGAAAAGACAGCCCUAUUGGCCAAGUCUGGGCCGGUAAGGAUGUAUUGGCGCUCAUACUCACCGUAAUUAUUCCUCACUUGAAACUGGUUUUGAGCACAUUAUGGACAGGUACCAGAGGAGCAAGCGUUGAUACUUUUGAACUAGUGCAGAAGAUUGAAUGCUCUGACUUUUCUGAAAUGAUUGAGGACAACCGGCAUCAACUAAAAUACGAACUUCUCCCAGAGGCCCCAUUGGAGCAGCUUAAGUUUGAGUGGAGCUUGUUAUCGUUAGGCUGGUAUCUUUCAUUGCUAUACAGUGAAAUCUACAAUGCAUCGUCUCAAGUAAAAACAUGCAUUGGGAAUAAUAACGGGUUGAUGAAAAAUUUUUCCAAUUCGUUGGCUACUGUAAGUAAGAUUACUUCGGGGUGGACAAGCUUUCUCAAACAAGAGGAGCCAGGUAAACAAGUGGACGACUUCACACUCCAGUGGAUUGAGAAUGGGAUGACGGAUGUUAACACAUGGCAGGGAACUACCAUAACUCUUUUUGAUGUUUCUUCUACAUCCAAAGAUGGCUUUUUUGCCAGUUUCAACAAAUACAAUGGAACGACCAGCCAGGCUGUUCCAAACACACCUGGAGGUUUGAAUGACAUGAUGAAAAGGUUCAGCGACUUUAACCUCAACGGAGCUACCGGCUCGCCAGUUUCGUCAGUGCCAAGUACCCCUGGUGAAGAGCAAGAAUCAUACUUUACAAGAAGAUCUGGAAGAAACUCCGUUACGAGUUUGCAUUCAUUAAAUAAGCUCAACAGAAUAAGGAGUAAUACUCCACGAAACUCGCUCAGUUAA